AUGGGUGAUGCAUCUACUGGACCGGCUGGAACAGGAAAAAUUGAAACAACAAAAGAUUUAGGACGAGCAUUAGAUGUAAUGGUUUAUGUAUAUAAUUGUUCUGAACAAAUGGAUUAUCAAUCAUUGGAAAUAUUUAUAAAGGAUUAUCACCAACAGAUGCAUGAAGAUGUUUUGAUGAAUUCAAUCGUCGUUUCUGUACAAGUAAAAACAAUUCAAGAUGCAAUUCGUGAUCGAAAACAACGAUUUAAUUUUAUGGGUACUGAAAUUAGUCUUAAUCAAAAUGUUGGUCUUUUUAUUACAAUGAAUCCUGGUUAUGCUGGUCGAACAGAAUUACCUGGAAAUUUAAAAGCAUUAUUUCGUCCAUGUGCUAUGGUUGUACCAGAUAUUGAAAUGAUUUGUGAAAUAAUGCUUGUUACAUCUGAUUUUAAAGAUGGAAAAUUAUUAUCAUGUAAAUUUAUAACAUUAUAUAAUUUAUGUAAAGAACUUUUAUCAAAACAACAUCAUUAUGAUUGGAGUUUACGAGCUGUUAAAUCAGUUUUAGUUGUUGCUAGUGCGUUACGUCGUGCUGACCCAAAUCGAUCUGAACGAGAAUUUUUAAUGAGAGCAUUACGUAAUUUUAAUAUACCAAAAAUUGUUCAUAAUAAUUUACCAAUAUUCAUGGGUUUUCUUGGAGAUUUAUUUCCUGCACUUGAUGUUCCAUGUAAACAUGAUUUAAAAUUUGAAGAAGAAGUUAAACGUGCUGCAUUAGAUCUUAAACUUCAAUCUAAAGAUGCAUUUAUUCUUAAAGUUGUUCAAUUGAAAGAACUUUUUGAAGUUCGUAAUCCGGUAUUUAUUGUUGGUAAUGCUGGAACAGGAAAAAGUCAAAUAUGGAAAACACUUAAUCGAAUGUAUAUAAAUCAUAAACGACGAUCUGUUGCAAUUGAUCUUGAUCCAAAAGCUGUUACAAAUAAUGAAUUAUUUGGUUUUAUAAAUCCAGCAACACGUGAAUGGAAAGAUGGAUUAUUUUCAACAAUAAUGAGAGAUCUUGCAAAUAUGACACAUGAUGGUCCAAAACGGAUUGUGCUUGAUGGUGAUAUUGAUCCAAUGUGGAUUGAAUCAUUAAAUACAGUUAUGGAUGAUAAUAAAGUUUUAACAUUAGCAAGUAAUGAACGUAUUCCAUUAAAUUCAACCAUGCGUUUAUUAUGUGAAAUAAGUCAUUUAAGAACGGCAACAUCAGCAAUUGUAUCACGUGCUGGUAGUCUUUAUAUUAAUCCACAAGAUCUUGGAUGGAAACCACAAGUAGCUACAUGGAUUGAAUCUCGUCCUAUUCAAAGUGAACGUGCUAAUCUUCAAAUAUUAUUUGAUAAAUAUUUACCAACAUGUAUAGAAAUGUUAAAAUCAAAUCAUUUUAAAAAAACUACACCACUUGUUGAUGGUUGUCAUGUAUGGAUGUUAUGUCAUUAA